UGAACACCCGGACGCGCAGAGAACCAAAACAUUGUAGUUUUAGUGCAGUUUCCUGACAAAAAUGUCCCCCAAGCGAGCCACAGAUCAAGUCACUAUCCUCACAGGAGACCGCGCCAGACUGAAGGAUUUGCUGCGAAACCGGCUGAUUGAGUGCGGCUGGACGGAUCAGGUGCGCCUCAACUGCCGGGAGAUUGUCAAGGCGGAGGACGGGAAGGUGAAUGUGGACCAGCUGGUGCAGCAAGUCACCCCCAAGGCGCGUACAAUGAUUCCGGACACGGUAAAGAAAGAGCUCCUGCAGAAGAUCAAGACACUGCUCCUUGAGCAAGAGGAACACUAGGCACUCUUCCGCGACCACUUCACUGUCAGCCCCACUCCUUGUGAUCUACAUCGGUUUUUAGUCCUCCAAUAAAGUUAUUCCGUGAGAAAAUGUGACUAGACUAGGA